CACCCAAACAUGACAAGCCUGCAGGCGAGGUUCAGUGCAGGCUUCCCUCUCCCGUGCAGCGUCAACCCGGGGGAGAGGAGCAGUGAACCCAGCGUGGUGCUGCCACCUUUGGCAGGGGAGCACACGGGACUCCCCACUGGCACUUCCUUAAAACUCUGCCCCUCGCGCUCUUUGCGAGACUACCCCGAGACGAGGUCCAGUGCAUACGUUGACCACUCGCUCCCCCACUACUUCGAGCAGCCCGGCCCUAGGGGCUUCCUCGUCGGAGGCGGCAUGCCACCGGGCACCGAGCAGCUUGCGCCGUCAAGGGGGAACCACCAGGCGCGCUACCGGGACUUCACCGGCUGCAGGGACGCCAGAACCGGCUCCUUUUUUACCAGCUACCAGGAGCAGGCCUCCGGCGGCGAGCACGGUCAGGUGAUGCUGGGCAUACCCGGCGACCUCCUCACCCGGGGCCACCCGUACGGGGGCGCCGCGAGUCCCAAGGGAGGCGUUACGCCCUUCCUGGGGCUCUACAAACCCUUCGUGCACCACCGCGGCGGAAGCGACGCGCUCCUCAGGUGCGGCGCCAAAGUUAAGAGCGAGCUGGUGUGCAAGUGGAGCCCCGACGGGCCGGCGUGCUCCAGAGCCUUCGGGACCAUGUACGAGCUCGUCAGCCACGUGACCGUGGAGCACGUCGGCGCGGCGGAGCAGGCCGAGUACGUGUGCCGGUGGGAGAGGUGCGCCCGCAACAGCAAGCCCUUCAAAGCCAAAUACAAGCUGGUCAACCACGUCAGGGUCCACACUGGGGAGAAGCCCUUUCCCUGCCCCUUCCACGGCUGCGAGAAGGUCUUCGCCAGGUCGGAGAAUCUCAAAAUCCAUAAGAGGACGCAUACAGGUGAAAAGCCUUUCAAAUGCGAAUUUGAGGGUUGCAACCGGAGGUUCGCCAACAGCAGCGAUCGCAAGAAGCACUCGCACGUGCACUCCAGCGACAAGCCGUACACGUGCAAAGUAAGAGGCUGCGACAAGUGCUACACGCACCCGAGCUCGCUCCGCAAGCACAUGAAGCUCCACGGCUCCAAGGAGGCCCCGAGCGGCGGUGGCGCAGUGGCCGCGGCAGGAGACUCGCAUCCUGGUGAUCACGGCACUGAGUCCCCGUUGCUUCUCAGCUCCAUUCACGACGUGGGGUCAUUGUCCCCGGGGAGUCCAGACGACUCGAGGUCACGGCUUCCACUCGGGUUCGACAACAGGUCGCAGCCCCUGCUGGACACGCUGUUGCUGCAGAGAGCCUCCUAUAGCAGCACCGGAAGCGGCAGUGCCGUAGGAGGAGGCGGCACCAUGAGGGCUCAGGCCGCCCAGUACCACUGCGGCCAGGCCGGCCACACUUUUGCUCAACAAAGCAGGACUUUUACGUCUGCCCACUUCCAAAAACGUUUCGUCAACGGGUGGUAUACUUGUCACAGUGGUGUCGACUCGUAG